GCUGCUCUUUGAGGGUUGUUAUGGCUGAAAAUGAAAUCCUGUGGCCAGGGAGACUCCGAAUUUUGUUACACACGUCUCCAGAGAGCAGAAACACAAUCCAUUCCUUGAUUUGUACUAAAGGAAUGCCAAGGGUGAUUCAUGAGACAGAAGUGACCAGCACUGUCGGAGAGAAUGUAACUUUGUCCUGCCAGCUGUCUACCGAGAAGGAGGUCCUCCAAGUCACAUGGCAGAAAGAAGGUCUAACAACAGAUAAUAUAGCCACAUACAGCUCCAAUCAUGGCCCCAGAUUACUUGGAUCCUACCAUGACCAUGUCCGAGUGACCCAAAGUGAUUUGAACUCCUCAGCCAUCACGCUUGACUUGGUCUCCUUAAAAGAUGAAGGAUGCUACAGAUGCAUUUUCAAUAUCUUCCCCAUAGGACCUGUCGUGGGCAGAAUGUGUUUGAGUGUUUAUGCUAUAUCAAAACCCAAGAUGGAUGCCCAGCUGCUGACCAUGGCUGAGGAGGAAAUACUGGCAGUGAGCUGCCAGGUGACGGCAAAACCAGCUCCUGAGAUCACCUGGGACCUGCCGGAUGGCUUAGUGGUCAUGCCACAACUGUCCUAUAUUUGGCAUCCUAACAAGACUGUAACUGUCAUCAGCAACUUCACCUACAUCCCUGCCCAGGUCCCCCAGGAGUGGCCAAUAAUGUGUUUGAUUCGCCACCCGAUUCUCAACACAAGGAUGCAACUGGAGUAUCCAUUGCAUAGACCUACUGAUGGACAUAAGGUGUUCUUCAUCGCCUUCUCUUUUGUGAUCGUCACUGUUUUUCUCCUGGGACUCUGUUAUUGCGGUUUACGGAAACAAAAAACAGCUGCCUGUCAAGUGGGUGAAGCUCUGAUCUUGGCUACCACUUGGUUGACUCCAAAGAUCUGCUGUGGGAGGUUCUCAAACAAACUAUCUGCCAAUAUCAUUGAACGUCAAAGGACAGAGACCGUGUGAUACCCUUUUUUUUUUUUUUUUUUUUUUUUGUACUUAUGAUGGAAGUAUUCUCCAACCUGUGCUCAGCUGUAUUACUGAAACUGGCAAGAAACGGGCAAGAUCUUGUUUCUCAUAUUUCUCAAUUUCAGUUCUUCAGUGGGUCUAUGAUCUCGUGAGUUUCGGAAUUCCUUCCGGUGAUGUCAAGUGAAACAGAAUGAGAUCCCUCCAGAUCUGCCUGUUUUGAUGUCACCCUUGUUUUGUCAAUGGUGUUCCAAAAAUUUGACACAAGGAUUCAAUCUAAUGUUUGGAAUCAUCUUUGAUUUUUCCACUUUUGAAGAUAUCGACAAAACAUUCUGCCUAUCUCUGACAUCAACAUGUGAUCUCAACAAAUGAUUUAUCUACCUUUUCUUUCUGGUAUAUACUCCCAUGAUGACAUCCUUGGACAUUAUACUUUUUCAGAAAACGAUAUUGAUUAUAUGUCAUGGCUGAUUAUAGCUACCUCUUAUCUCACCAUUGUCCCUUACACACUUUCUAAGUAUAUCAUAGGAUAUGAUGUUCCAAUUGAAUGGUCAUGUAACAUAAUUUCUAAUAUGUUUAGCAUGAAAGAUCCUUUUUAUUUUUUUUAAGGAAAAACUGUAUAGAGUGAAAUCAUUUUUGAUGGAACAAGAAUGUGAAGAAUAUACACAUAUGUGCCAUAUAUUUCAAAGAGUCAGAAUCUCUAGUCAUAUGGAAUGAUUUACUUUGUUGGCAUUGUUUAGUUAUUUAAAUCAUGUUAAACCAUGUCUGGCACACCAGUUUUUUGUUUUGUUUUUUUUUGACAAAGAUACUGGAAUGCCUUGCCAUUUCCUUCUCUAUGUCAUUUUAUAGAUUGGGAAACUGAGGUAAAUGGGGUUAAGUGACUUCCCCAGGGUCACACUCAUGAAGAUAAGUUUUCCUGAUUCUAAGCCCAGUUCUCUAAAUUUGCUAUCCAGAAUCAAAGUAAGUUGGAAUUCUUCUGAUUUCAAUUAGAUAAUUACUAUUAUCUGAUCACCAGUGAAUUAUAUCUAUUGUUGUCUUCAUGACCAAACCAAUUUAUUUCUGCUUUUACAAUGUCAUCAAUGCUACCUCAUAAAUAAAAAUACUUAAGAAAUUCAGGGAUCUCUGAAGUGGGUUUAGUUAAACCCUUGGCUAAUGUGGAUUUUGAAUACCCAUGGAAGUCUUUGCAAGUAACUGUACCCAACUAACACACCAUCCUCUGGGCAUUCUGGGGAUCAGUGACCUUGGUUGGAUUGAUUUUCAGAGUGAAGACAGUCAGUCUCUUUGACUGUUCCUGUACUUGAAGACAUACUAGAAUGUUAGGGUCAUUCAGGGCAUCAGCUGUGCUAACUAUCCUUGGAGCAACAGAAGUUACCUCUAAGUUACUGUAUACUAUCAAAGAACUUUCAUGAAGAACUCUGUUGACACGGGUGAAUUUUCUUAGUAUUACUGCAGUAUAUUUAUCCAAUGUUAUUAUUUAAGAUGUCUUAUUUUUAUCUUUAAAAAUCCCUUUUUCUUUCUCCCCAAAUAUGUCCUUCCCUCUUUCCUUACCAUGAAUGACUUUUUGUAACAAACAUAAAAAUAAGUACAGUAAAAACAAUCAACAGAUU